GAAAGGGUUUUCGGUGCAAAGCGUGCAAGAGACAGAAGGAUAUAAGAGAGAGAGAGAGAGAGAGAGAGAGAAGUUUGGAUAUAACCUUGUCUUUGUUAUUUAUAGACCUUCUUUCUUUCUUUCCAGCCAGUGUUGUUUGUUGUUUCUCUUCUCUCGCGCGGCGAAACGAAACCCCCAAACAGCGAGUGAAAAAGAGGAAAAACCCUAUCGCAUCAUCGGCUUUGUCAGAUCUGCGAGAGACUUCCAGAGAGGAUGAGUGUUCGAGGCGGAAGUGGCGGCGGCGGUGGGAAGGGCAAUAAUGGGAUUUCCACAAUCCCGGCGUCGUCAAGAAAGAUGGUUCAGAGCUUGAAGGAGAUAGUGAACAAUCUCUGUACCGAGCAAGAGAUCUAUUUCACGCUUAAAGAAUGUAACAUGGACCCUGACGAGGCCGUUAAUCGUCUUCUCUCUCAAGAUCCCUUUCAUGAGGUGAAAAGCAAGCGAGAAAAGAAAAAAGAGAGCAAGGACAUACCAGAUUCCAGAUCUCGUGGUGCUAAUAACACUUCAAAUCGUGGUGGUAGGGGUGGUGCAGACCGCUAUGUUGGACGUGGUGGUUCAAGCCAAUUUAGCUCUACUGGUAUGUGGAUGUCACUGAGCAACCUCCAGGAUCUAUUUUGUUUGAAAUCACUGUGCAACCAUGUUAAACAUGCACUUAUUUUUCAUUUUUUGUCAGACCCCGGUGGUUUAUAUGGUAAACCUGCAUAUAAGAAGGAAAAUGGGACACAUGCUUUUUCAGCCUCUUCAUCUUCGUCAUUCAGCAUGUCUGGGAAUCACACGAGUCGACGACCUACCUCAUACAGUGAUUCUGUGGCCCCAGAAAUUAAAUUGCCAAUAGUGGGCACAAGUGAUGGGAUAUCAUCAUCAACACAGCCUUCUGGAUUUCAAUCUACCUGGUUGGGGGGCCCAGGUCAUGUAUCAAUGGCUGACAUUGUUAAGAUGGGUAAGCCACAUGGCAAGGCUUCUGCUGUUCCAAGCCCCCCUCUCCAGAGUGCUAACCAUCAAAAUGUUUUGGCUUCUUCUGCCGCCACACAUCAUAAUUUGCAUUCCUUGCAAGAUCAUGCUUCCAUGGUGUCAGACAUUAAUACUGAGCCAGGAGUUUUCACAAGCCAGCAACUUCCUCCAAAUGAUGAAUGGCCUGCAAUUGAGCCACCUACUUCAAGUCUACCCUCUGUUGUAGAGGCGCCUUCAGACACUGAGCCAUAUGCAGAUCCAUCUCACUUACCCUUGGAUAGAGUUAAUCGUCAUACAAAGUACCAGUUAGAUGAGCUUCAGGUAGCAGAGGAUUUGCCUAUUGAGAUGCUUAAUGCGAACCGUGUUGGAUCUACUUCUGUGUCCAGUAGAAAUGGGCAAGAGGACAAUUCUGGAGGUCCAUCUGUCCUUGAUAAUAGCUUUUAUAAUGAAAUGAAUUCCUACCAGCCUCACAAGCAUGUUUUGGAGCAUAAUGAAGCUGAAGAUGGUAUUUCAUCAGUCACUGCAAACUUGCAGCAACUAGAUUUACAAAAGCAAGAUCGGGAAGCACCACUUGAAGAGGAUAACCCUCCUGUAAUAAUUCCAAAUCACCUCCAACUCCAUACUCCAGAUUGCUUGAACUUGAGCUUUGGGAGUUUUGGAUCUGGCACUGGUGCUGCUUUUUCAGGAUCUGGGUCAUUUGCAACUAGGCCCUUGACAAGCGACUUGGAGGAGACAUCUUCAGCAGCAGAUGUUUCAUCAAUUGGGCACUCAGACUCUCGGAAUCCUGAAUAUUAUGGGGACGAGCAUCUCAACACCACCUCAGAUGGAAAUGUAGUUCAUAGAACUGGUGGGGGCACCGUGAAUUAUGAUUCUCCUUCAGUUUCACAACCAGAGGCAUUGAAACAGGAAACCACUGAAGUUGCUCAGGGGAAUCAAUAUGCAUUCCCUUCAUCUGCAGCUGAUUUUACAUAUGAAAAUACCCAACAAUUCAAUAAUGCAUUUACUCAUCCACAGACUAGCUCACCAAUGCAGAGUCUUGCCGCUCUCUCAAGUGUAAUGCAGCAGGCAUAUACAAAUUCGUUGCCCAGCAGUUUGUUGGCUUCAUCUGUUCAGACUGCAAGGGAGGAUUUUGCAUAUUCACCCUUUCCUGUGACACAAUCAAUGCCCACAAAAUACAGCAAUGUGGCUUCUUCUAUUAGUGGUCCCACCAUGUCUAUGCCAGAGGCUUUGAGAGCAGGUAGUAUUUCUACACCUCAGCCUACUCAGACGCUGCCUGGUGCCGGCGUUGCUACAGGACCUGCUCUUCCUCAACACCUUGCUGUUCACCCUUAUUCCCAACCUACUCUUCCUUUGGGACAUUUUGCCAACAUGAUCAGCUAUCCAUUCUUGCCUCAGAGCUACACGUAUAUGCCCUCUGCUUACCAGCAGGGAUUUGCUGGUAACAACACAUACCAUCAGUCUCUGGCAGCAAUGCUACCACAAUACAAAAAUAGUGUUUCUGUCAGCAGUUUGCCUCAAUCUGCAGCUAUUCCCUCUGGAUAUGCCUUUGGGAGUUCAACCAGCAUUCCUGGGGGAAACUUUCCUCUGAAUCCACCUACUGCACCUACAGGCACAACGGUUGGCUAUGAUGAUGUUUUAAGUUCUCAAUAUAAGGACAGUAAUCAUUUGAUCUCACUUCAGCAGAAUGAUAAUUCAGCGAUGUGGGUUCAUGGGCCUGGUUCCCGAACAGUUUCUGCUCUUCCAAGCACAUAUUACAGCUUCCAGGGGCAGAAUCAGCAGCCGAGUGGGUAUCGGCAAGGUCAGCAGCCAUCACAGCAUUUCAGUUACCCGAAUUACUAUCAUUCCCAAACUGGUGGUUUGUCAAUGGAACAUCAGCAACAAAACCCGAGGGAUGCAGCAUCCCUUGGUGCCUCUCAAGGCCAACCACCAAAGCAGUCUCAACAGAUAUGGCAAAACAGCUACUAAUCUGAGUCUCAAGUCCAGUCAAGUCAAGUCACCUCCUGGUUUUUCAGGGUCUUGUAGUGAGUGUGAAAGUGGCCAAUCAUAGGCAUUCUGCGGGUCUAAUAAUCUGAUGAUUCUUCUUCAUUAAUUGGUCUGAAGAGACCUUGACUGGCUACUGCCCUGUGCCACGAGGUUGUAUUUUACCUUCUUUUUUUUCUUCUUCAAUGUCUGGUUUUGUUUAACGUAGGAACACGUGUGCUAAUUUGAUUUAGUGAACUACUUCGUUUCAUUUUAACUGUUUUUCUUCUUUUCAUAGUAGUGGAAAGUUUCUGUUCGGUUCAA